AUGGACCAGGAUCAAAACAACGAGGGUCGAAAGAACGACAACAAUGGCGGCAUCAACAGCGGCAUCAACGGCGGCAAUGUUGGCGGUAACAAGGCCGUCAAAAAGAAGAAGAGGAGCAGAAAGGGCCGGGAAUGCUGUAAUUGCAGAAAGGGUUACUAUGUUGCUGCUGAUGAUUUGACAGAGGGCAUCGAGGAGGCGAUUACACGCUGCCCUCCCAACAACCAGGCCUUGUUGAGCCAACUUCGGAUUCUCCAGAGAAUCAACACUCUUCGCCCCGAUGGCGGCGACCUCACGAGAAGAACCCAGGCCGCGAUUCUCAAUGAUCUUACUGAAGUCCACGAGGCCAUGCCGAGCGACGAAGCCAUCAUCAGUCUCGGAGACCGCUGCCACAACCAUCUGUGGUACUCGGCCUUGAUCCGUCGCAAUAUGGUCAUCCCCGCCGACUGGCAAGGAAAGCCGCACAUUGCGGUACGCCUCCAGAAGCUCAGAGCUGUGUGGGAUGCGUUGAAGGACACGCCAAGCCUGCGGGAGCGCUCGGCCGGAACCCAAGUGGCUGCCAAUCAAUCGACUGUCAACCAACCAGCUGCAGAUGAGGACGAGGAUGAGGAUGAGGAUGAUGAGGAUGAUGAUGAGGAUGAUGAGUACGGCCUGGAUGAGGGUCUCCAGCAGCCUCAAAGCCAGAACGCCUAUUCUACCACACUUCCGCGUGUGAACCAGCCCCAGAGCAUGGCCAUGAACCCACUCGCAGGAUAUGCCAUCAGCAGCAUGGGACAGAACUAUGGGCAGAUGCACCCUGAUAUCGCUUACGGUUCCCAAAACCAGACAACCUUUAGUAGCAACCCGACUACUCAGAUUGGAAACAUGGGUUCGCAAGGCCCUGAAUACCUGCCUCAGCAGUUCACGGACCCGGGUUUCAUGUCCGGCAACUAUGGCUCGAUUAACGACUUCGCUCUCGGCAACAGCCAGCUCCCAGGCUCCCGCAACGCCGCCUACAGAGGUUUCAACGAGGCUCCAUUGGGUCCUGCUGGUGGAAUCCCUUCUCAAGUAUAUGCUAGCUACGCGUCCCAGCACGCAAUGCCAUUCAUGAACAACGCAAACCAUCCGUUCGGUUUGGUGGACUCCAAUUACACGGUACCCAUGCUCCCUGGCAACUUUCCACGCUGGCAUCCUCCCUCCAGUUACUCGAACCAGACUUCAUUCCAGACUCGGCCCGAUGCUCUCGGUUACAUUGGCGACUCCGCGCUCGUGGAUUAUGGCGACGUUGGCGAGAAUAUCUGGAACCGGGUCGUUGCCAGCGCUUUUGGCUCCCAGCUGAAUAUGGAACCGGCUGCUCUCUCGGGAAAUGGAAUGGCCAACGCACCUGGCAUGGAGACCGGCUCAUAUGGCAACUCGGAAUCUUCUACCGACGGUGCCGGCGAGGAUGCAGAUGCUGCAGAUGCAUUGGCUCCUUCUGAUUACCAUGGAUCCCAAGAUGACGAAUUCCACGAUGGUCCGAGUGCUGACAGUUCCGAGGGCGAGGAGGAAUUUUGA